UCUCCUGGACGAUAUGAUAUAUGUUAAGGUGCGGUCGUGGCGUAGAGGCGACGAGAGAGAGAAAUAGUGAGCACCGCCACAAUUUCUGGCGGGGAGCGAGAGGAGGAGGGGAGAGGGAUGGAGAUCACUUCGGGUGGUCGAUAUAUGGCCUACUCACCGUCGCCGUCGACGGCGCCUCAAUCCCCUAACAUCUCCGGCAUUCGCUCUGCCGCGGCUCUCGUGGAGCACGACAGAUACCUUUCUGAUUUGCUGGCGGAGCGAGAAAAAAUAAUACCCUUUAUGCAAGUUCUUUCCCACAGCUACAGGCUUUUGAAUGAGGAAAUAUUGCGUGUAACUACACUGUUGGGGAAUGCAUCAUUUUUAGAUCAGACUGGUAUUGAACAGGCUAGUCCACUGACUUCUGGAGGAUUGUUUUCAAAUGGUGGAGCAGAUAGGAAUGUAUGGGCAACAACAUUCCAAACAGAAAGACUUGGAGGACUAAUGCAAUCACCUAACCAUGGGUGGCUUGGUGCACAAGGAGGUCCAUCAGGCCUUCUCUGUAAGAAAUCAUUCAGGAUAGAAAUUCCUGUGGACAAAUUUCCUAAUUACAACUUUGUUGGUCGCCUGUUGGGCCCUAGGGGAAAUUCUCUUAAGCGUGUGGAAGCCACUACAGAGUGCCGAGUUUUGAUCAGGGGUCGUGGCAGCAUUAAAGAUCCAGCUCGGGAAGAAUUGGUGAGAGGGAAGCCAGGUUAUGAACAUUUGAACGAACCAUUGCACAUAGUUAUAGAGGCUGAAUUGCCGGUUGACAUUAUCGAUGCUCGCCUUAUGCAAGCACGUGAAAUCCUUGAGGACUUGCUGAAGCCCGUGGACGAGUCUCAAGAUUACUUCAAGAAGCAGCAGCUCCGCGAGCUGGCUAUCCUGAACGGGACGCUCAGAGAUGACAGUUCUCAGAUGUCGGGAUCUGUGUCUCCCUUCCAUAACAGCCUAGGGAUGAAGAGGGCAAAGACAAGGGGGUGAAGCAAAGGCAACGUCGUCCUGGGACUUUGGUGUGCUGUGCGCUGGUAUGCGGCCUAUCUCCGCCAUUCACAUGGUUGGGUGGAACUUGGAGGAUGCUGGUGUAUGGCUUUCUGAAUUUCUACUAUGCAGUGUUGGUGAUGUGCACGAGACCGGUUGGUGCUGAGGUGCCAGUAUGCCGUAGCAAGGAAAACUGAAUCGUUAGCAGGAGUGUUAUAUGGUAUCGUCAUAAUAGUCGUGACGUGUGAGCCCGUUCACGGUUUUGAUGUAUUUGGUUUGAGUAGUGUUAACUGUUAUGGGUAAGUGCAUCUAUGUGUAUGGCUGUGUACAAAAAGAGAUAGUGAGAAGCAUCUAUCGGUAAUCACAGGAAGUUAAAUUGUCAAGUUUUGAGGGUCGGUGCUUAUUGGCAAAUUCUUCCUUGGGGUACCAUGGAGGACCUGCAGUAUUAAUUAUUUUAUUAUAUUGUUGUGCGUA